GUAUCCUGUCCUGUAGGAUCCGCUGGCCUCAGACAUGGCACGUCUGGCCCUCUCUGUCUUCCUCGUACUUUGCUUCUCUUUGCUCCACUUCAGCUCCAGUCGUCCAUCUCGCACCAGAAAGGCUGUGUCACCUCGUCAGUCUGCUGCAGAAGAAGAUGACGUGAAGUCCCAGCUUGACAGGCUGUGGCAGGAGGUGAAUUCCCUGAAAGAGAUGCAGGCGUUGCAAACAGUGUGUCUCCGUGGCAUCAAAGCUCACAGGAAGUGUUAUCUUACAAUUGAGGAACCCAAGCAUUACCAUGAAGCAAAUGAAGACUGUAUUGCACAAGGAGGAACUCUUGCAACACCACGGGACAUGAUGGAAAACAAUGAACUGAGAGACUAUGCAAAGAGGAGUGCUCCAGGAUCCAAGGACUUCUGGAUUGGUGUGGCAGACAUAGUGAAAGAAGGCCAGUAUGUGGAUGUCAACAGCCAGCCCAUCAGCUACUUCAACUGGGACCGCUCCAAGAAGCAGCCCACAGGAACGAAGAGAGAGAGCUGUGUUGCUCUUUCAGUGGUUGCACAAGGAAAGUGGUACGAUGAGGUGUGUCGUAGCCUGAAAAAGUACAUUUGUGAAUAUGUCAUUCCCUAAAAGUGACAAAGUGGUUGUUGAUGAUUUAAUGAUCAUUUAUGCUGGUCAAUGAUUAAA